CUAUGAGAGGGACAGAGGAGUCCCAGGCCACACCAUCAUGCUACUUCUGAGAAGCAGGGAUGACAUUUUGGAUGCCAAUACACAAGGUAUUACAUUCCCACUCCUCGAUUAUGCCUGUCUCCGGCUGCCACAGCGCCUCCCACCCUCAGGAAAGGCGAGCGUCCCCCACACCCCUGCCCUCCCAGGAGGUGAGACGUCCUCCCCGGCGCCGUGCGGCCCUCUCCUCCCUCUCCCUGUCCCUCCUGGGCCUCCUGAUGUGCCUGUUCCACCUGCCCCCUGCCUGUCACUCUCGCAGAGACAAAGGCGGGGGCGUGGCCCACUACAUCCCCAUGGCCCAGCCCCCCCACCACCAGGUUCUGCCCAAGCUGGUUCAGGGUCUCAGCAUCGCUGUGGUGCUGGUGGGCAACUCUAGCGAGGUGGCGUUGGCAGGCGCCCGGGAGAAGGACGACUUCCUGCACAUGCCGCUGGCGCCCAACGUGGAAGUGCUCACCAUGAACGAGACGGACCCCAAGAGCAUCAUCAAGAGCAUCUGUGACCUGAUGACAGAGCACUGGCUACAGGGCGUGGUGUUCGGGGACGACACGGAUCAGGAGGCCAUAGCCCAGAUCCUGGACUUCAUCUCUGCACAGACACACAUCCCCAUCCUGGGGGUCCGCGGUGGCUCCUCCAUGAUCAUGGCUGCCAAGGAUGACAACUCUAUGUUCUUCCAGUUCGGCCCGUCCAUCGAGCAGCAGGCCUCGGUCAUGCUCAACAUCAUGGAGGAGUACGACUGGUACAUCUUCUCCAUCGUCACCACAUACUACCCCGGAUACCUGGACUUUGUCACCAAGAUCCGGAGCACCAUAGAGAACAGCUUUGUGGGCUGGGAGCUGGAGGAGGUUCUGCUGCUGGACAUGUCAGUGGACGAUGGAGACUCUAAGAUCCAGAACCAGCUGAAGAAGCUGCAGAGCCCCGUCAUCCUGCUGUACUGCACUAAGGAGGAGGCCAACACCAUCUUCGAAGUGGCCCACUCCGUAGGGAUCACGGGGUACGGCUACACCUGGAUCGUCCCCUCGCUGGUAGCUGGAGACGCUGAAGUGAUCCCUGCCGAGUUCCCUACAGGUUUAAUCUCUGUGUCGUAUGACGAGUGGGACUACGGCCUAGAGGCUCGCGUGCGCGAUGGGGUGGCUGUCAUCGCCAUGGCAACCUCCACCAUGAUGCUCGACAGGGGGGCACACACCCUGAUGAAGUCUGAGUGCCAUGGGGCCACGGACAAGAAGGGGCCCAUUGCUGGGAACCCAAAUGAGGUGCUCAGGUAUCUGAUGAACGUGACGUUUGAGGGCCGGAACCUGUCCUUCAGUGAGGACGGCUACCAGAUGCAUCCUAAACUGGUCAUCAUCCUACUGGACAAGAUGAGGCAGUGGGACAAGGUGGGGAAGUGGGAGAACGGCUCCCUGUCCAUGAAGUACCACGUCUGGCCUCGCUUUGAGAUCUACUCAGGGGCAGAGAGCCGGGAGGACGACCACCUUUCCAUCGUUACGCUGGAGGAGGCUCCGUUUGUCAUCGUGGAGGACGUUGACCCCCUCAGUGGCACGUGUAUGAGGAACACUGUGCCCUGCAGGAGACAGCUCCAAACAAUAAAUAAAACCGUCGACUCGGGGAUCUAUAUCAAGCGCUGCUGUAAGGGUUUCUGCAUCGACAUCCUGAAGAAGAUUGCCAAGCACGUCAAGUUCACCUACGACCUCUACCUGGUGACCAACGGAAAACACGGCAAGAAGAUCAACGGCACCUGGAACGGCAUGGUGGGAGAGGUGGAGACAAAGAAGGCCCACAUGGCUGUGGGCUCCCUCACCAUCAACAAGGAGAGGUCAGAGGUCAUUGACUUCUCGGUUCCCUUCAUCGAGACAGGCAUCAGCGUCAUGGUAUCCCGUAGCAACGGCACCGUCUCGCCCUCUGCCUUCCUCGAGCCCUUCAGUGCUGAUGUGUGGGUGAUGAUGUUCGUGAUGCUGCUGCUGGUUUCGGCGAUUGCUGUGUUUGUGUUUGAGUACCUCAGCCCUGUGGGCUACAACCGUUGUCUGGCCGACGGUAGAGAGCCUGGAGGGCCCUCCUUCACCAUCGGCAAGGCCAUCUGGCUGCUGUGGGGUCUGGUCUUCAACAACUCUGUCCCAGUGCAGAACCCCAAGGGUUGGACCAGUAAGAUCAUGGUGUCGGUGUGGGCCUUCUUCGCUGUCAUCUUCCUGGCCUCCUACACUGCCAACCUGGCAGCCUUCAUGAUCCAGGAGGAGUAUGUAGACCAGGUGUCUGGACUCAGCGACAAGAAGUUUCAGAGACCCAAUGACUUCUCCCCUCCAUUCCGGUUUGGGACGGUCCCUAACGGCAGCACGGAAAGGAACAUCAAGAACAACUACAAGGAGAUGCAUGGCUACAUGAUCAAGUUCCACCAGAAGAAUGUGGAUGAGGCCCUGUAUGGUCUGAAGACUGGUAAACUGGACGCCUUCAUCUACGACGCAGCAGUGCUGAACUACAUGGCCGGGAGGGACGAGGGCUGUAAGCUGGUGACCAUCGGCAGUGGGAAGGUGUUUGCCUCCACGGGCUACGGCAUCGCCAUCCAGAAGGAGUCUGGCUGGAAGAGACACGUUGACCUGGCCAUCCUUCAGCUCUUUGGAGACGGUGACAUGGAGGAGCUGGAGGCCAUGUGGCUGACGGGGAUCUGCCACCAUGAGAAGAACGAGGUGAUGAGCAGCCAGCUGGACGUGGACAACAUGGCCGGCGUCUUCUACAUGCUGGGGGCGGCCAUGGCUCUGUCGCUCAUCACCUUCAUCGCCGAGCAUGCCUUCUACUGGCAACUGCGCUUCUGCUUCAUGGGCUACUGCACGGGCAAGCCAGGCUUCGUCUUCUCCAUCAGCAGGGGCAUCUACAGCUGCAUCCACGGAGUUCAGAUCGAGGAGAAGAGCAGCUCAGCUCUCGACUCUCCAUCGGUCACCAUGAACAACACCCAAUCCAACAUCCUGCGUCUGCUCCGGACCGCUAAGAACAUGGCCUCCCUGUCCGGGGUUAACGGCUCGCCUCACAGCGCCCUGGACUUCAUCCGUCGUGAGUCAUCCGUCUACGACAUCUCCGAGCACCGCCGCAGCCUGGCAGGUCACUCGGACUGCAAGCCUCCAUACUUGCCGGAGGAUAACAUGUUCAGCGACUACAUCAACGAGGUGGAGAGGACGUUCGGGAACCUCCACCUGAAGGACAGCAACCUGUACCAGGACCACUACCUGCACCACCACGGAGGCUCUGCCCUGGGGCUCAGCGGCCCACCACUUAACAGACCCCACAGCCUGGGCAGCAACAGCUCUCUGGAAGGGGGCAUGUUUGACUGUGACAGUUUAGGGGGAGGAGUGGCACCUAUCUUCACCACCCAGCCACGCUCUGCCCUGACCCACAGGAACAUGAGUAAGUUUGACCUGAUUGCCAGUCAGAACCCACCCUCCGGGCCGGGCUUCAAAUCGGGACUGUCAGACCUGUACGGAAAGUUCUCCUUCAAGGGAGGGGCCUCUAGCUCAGGUUACAUCCCCGGGCAUGACAGGUACUGUGGGGGAGGGGGCAGAGAGGAUGACGGAAACAUCCGUUCAGACGUUUCAGACAUCUCCACUCACACGGUCACCUACGGGAACCUGGAGGGCAACGCUAAGAAGCGUAAGCAGUAUCGCGACAGCCUGAAGAAGAGGCCCGCCUCGGCCAAGUCCAGACGAGAGCUGGAUGAGAUUGAGCUGGGCUACCGGAGAAAGCCCUACCACACAGGCUACCACCAUUACCACGGCCACCGCUCCUCCUCCCCGCCCCUACUGGCUGCCGAACGCAAAAGAGGAGGAGGCGGCAAUGCAGGGAGCACAUCCUACCUGUUCCGUGACAAAGAGAGUGUGAGGGAUUUCUAUUUGGACCAGUUCCGCCCCAAAGAUGGUGUCCCCCAGUGGGAACAUGUGGAUCUGACAGACGGUCCUGGAGGGGGGGGUGGGGGCGGCGGGGGGGGGAACUGUACAAGUUUGGUGUCAGUGGACGACUUCCUGAAACAAAAUAAACCCAAGAAAUCAGAGUCUAAGAGUGGGGGAGGCACAUCAGGGGCGGGGUUGGCAGGAGGAGACUGGGAGUGUCGUAACUGCCGUGCCAGCGGAGGAGGGGGCAAGCAGAUGUCGAUGCAUGGCAGCGGGGCGGGGGAGAGGGGAGGCGGAUAUGGUGGGGGGGUUAGUUGUGGAUCCUCGGUGGGUGGAGGGAACAGCCGUCCCAGCUCUGCCACUUGCAUGCGCUGCGAGGGCUGCAAAAAGACAGGCAACCUGUACGACAUCAGUGAGGACAACAACCACCUCUUGGAACAGAUGGGGGGUGGGAAAGGCGGAGGCAUGGGGGCUGUGGGGUUAAGUGGAGGCGCCCAGCCUCAAUCUCAAGCCCAGCGGAGGAAGUCUGCCGGCUUUGGAAAGCCCCUCCGACGGCAACACUCGUGCGACACCUUCGUAGACCUUCAGAAAGAGGAGGCAGUCGGAGUCAGGGGGGUCAUGGGGGAUCUAGGAGGGGGCGGUGGGGGCAUGGGGGGUGCAGGAAUGAGCGGGAUGUUGCCUCCUCCCAGAAGUGUUAGCUUAAAAGAGAAGGAGCGCUAUAUGGAGGGUGUUAGCCCCUUCGCCCACAUAUUUGAGAGGCAUGGAGGCUCAGAGAGGGAGAAGGAGCGAGACAGAGACCCUCUGUUCUAUGGUGGUGAGAUGGCCAAAGAAGCAGGGUCGCUGUUCGGCUUGUUCCGAGGUGGUGAGGGCCUUCACCGCCGCUCAGUGGGGGAGAGGGACAUGAGGGACAGAGAAAGAGCCAUGAUGGAGGGCGGUGGAGGAGGAACCUACUCCUUAUCCAAAUCUCUCUACCCGGAUAGAGUCAACCAAAACCCCUUUAUUCCAACCUUUGGUGACGACCAGUGUCUCUUGCAUGGCGCCAAACAAUACUACAUGAAAAAGCAACAACAGCAGCAGCAGCAGCAGAUGCCCCCCAAAAACAGCCGAAGUGACUUCAGGGGCUCGGUGGGUGUGACAUCUUUCUUGCCAGCGACUGCCACUGCUGGGGUCAUGUCCACCGUGGCCCCCAGGUUCCCUAUGGACCUGUGUCUGGGAGGGAACCUCCACGGCUCCACGCUGGGUGUGGGGCCAAUACAGCGCCCGUUCAAUGGCAGCAACGGGCACGUGUACGAGAAACUCUCCAGCAUAGAGUCAGACGUGUGAGAGAGGAGACUGGGUGGGGAGGCAUGGAGGGAGGGAGGAAUGGCAUUAGUCCCGGGAAGUCAGGGAUGAUGAGGCACUACUGUCCACAUUGCAACCGCAACACUUUUAACAAGGAAGGAGAACAGUCAGGGAAGAGAAGAUUAACGACAGAAUGGUGAAAAUAUUUGACAGAAGAGAGCAGGGUGAGUUAGAAGGGAAGAUGGGGACAUUCAUGCCCUGUUAUUUUGUUACAAAUCAAUGAAUACAAGAGGUGACACAUGGGUAGGGUUAUGUUAACUCUAUUAUUUAUUUGGCCCAUGCCAUCAAUACACUCAAAAAGAACACAAAAGUGACACCUCAAUGUGAUAUUGCAAGUUUGAGCCAAAUGGAGUCACACCUCCAGAGUGAUUAUGAGAAGGGAAUGUGAGUUAGUAGUGAAGUGUCCAUCUGGUCAAGUGUUAUUAGAGAAAGGAGAUGUUGUCAUGACUCAUGUUGAUGAUAGCGUCCGAAAAUGAGUUUUUUGGAAGACGAUGGCCCCUGCACUAACUCUCCCUCUUUUUGCAUCCACACUCUUCGAGAAAAGGGUUCCAAAAGGGUUAUGUGGCUGUCCCCAUAGGAGAACCCUUUAUGGUUCCAUGUAGAGCCCUCUGUAGACCAGGUUCUAGCUGGAACCUAAAGGGUUUUGUACCUGUAACCAAAAGUGAUUCUUCAAAGAGUUAUUCUAUGGGGACAGCCGAAGAAUCCUUUAAGGUUCGCACCUUCUUUUCUAAGUGAGUUGUUCUGCUCCCUUACACCCAAACAACUGUCUUUGACUCUUGUUUGCUAUGAUAAUUCAAUCAUAAAUGAAAAUAAGAUAUUCUUACUGAAAUAACAGGGUAAAACAACAAUAAUGUUAUUAACAUUGUGAUUAACAAAAGUGAUAUUAUGAAGUGCUUAUGACAUUAAGUUUGUUUUAUGUUCCUUUGAUAUUUCAAUACUGUUUAAUAUUUGUGGUUAUUUCUUUGUCUGCCCGAUGGUGGCAGGAAGCUUGUUAUCUAAUUCAACUAACAAGCCUGAAGGACUGAGUGAAAAGUCAUUAGGUCUCUUGUUUUUGUUUUAAUGAUAUACAGUCCAUGCUCAUUCAUUCAUUUGCUGUUUUUAAAAUUGUUGCGGAAAGAUCUGGAAGCCAUCAUUUGCACAGUACUGAACGGUUCUUCUUUGUUUGAAGUUUCAAGAGAUUUCACACCCUGUUUCUGAACUUUUGUCGGUCAACAACUGUGAAAGACGUGUCUUGUCAUGAAGCAGAUGGCUGAAGAUACUGACUGAAGGACGAGCCUUAAAGGACCCCAGAUGAUGUGCGCCCCAGAGAGCUCAGCAGGGCGUCGUGUAACAGCACAAUACGUAGUGAACAAGGUGUUAAGAUAUGUGCAAUAUCCCCUUGUCUUGAAGAAAGAAACGUGCUGCUCUGAAACCAAGUCAUUAUUUACAGAUGAGAGACUGUGGUGUGUUUUAAGACAAUAACAUGUUUGAAUAACUAACACUUGAUGUGGACAUGAUUACACAGACAUUAAAAUAGCAUCGGAAGUGCUUCAUAAACCUGUCACACGUCCAUAACUAAAGAACACCACACACACUGUCAGACUGCUGUGCCUCAUCUAACAAGCAUUUGAUCAACCCUUUUGGAUUCAGGUUCUUAGAAAACAGCCAGCCGCCUCCGAGGCUCACUUUUUAACACACCACUUAUCUCGUAAAACCCGUUGCGUUCACUCUCUGAAGUUAGGAAGGUCCAUACAGGCUUAUGAGACACGUUGAAGAAGCAUUUGUGAAUGCAGUUUUACUUCACGUCAGUCAGAGUGUUUAAUGUGUAUUAUAGGCGUAUGCUCUGUAAUUCUAAAUUGAACUCAAAUCCUCUUAAAAGAUGUUGUUUCCCACAGAAGAUGGUAAUGGUCUUGAUGAACGUCUGAAUGUAAGUCGUGAGGAUGUCUCCAAAUGGGACAUUCCUCCUCAGACUGAGGCAGUUAGACGGAGGAUGUCUUGAGAAUGCUCACGCUGUAUGCUUUGACAGAUGUUGACAGUACUUUUAGCCUGAGACCUCUAUAUUGCACGGACCCCCCCCCCGGGUUCAGACUUUCUGAAAUACAUGCCUUAUCAUAUGAAACUGACUGAUGACACAAGAUAUUGUACAGCAUAUGAGCCUUUCAGUUAUUGAAAGGUUUUGUCUUCAAUUAGUAUGAGGUGUCAUUAGUUCAAGGGCUGCAGGAAAUUGUGUUUCAGUGCUGAAUGGAGAUUGAAGGUGCUGAGGGAGUAGAUUGCGCUGAGUCAUUCCUACUUCCAAUACGAUCAGACUGCACCUCUGUAAUAUGGAGAUGGAAGAUGCUGAGGGAGUAGAUUGCGCUGAGUCAUUCCUACUUCCAAUACGAUCAGACUGCACCUCUGUAAUAUGGAGAUGGAAGAUGGAGGGGAAAUGAUUGAGUGACAACAGCUGUUUUCCUAGACCUGUUGAUAACCUAUUCAUUUAUUCAGUACCGACUUCUCUCUCCAUACUAUUAAGAUGAAACCCAUCAAGUUAGCCUUAAAUCAAACUGAGUCAACACCCCCCGUGAAUUACUUCACAAAUGGAUGAGUAUCUUUGAACUUUUUAUAUACACAUAUUCUGGAUGGUCGUCCAGUAUCAGAAGGUUUGAAGAAGCAACGGAAAAGAAGAGGAAGAAAUGAGAGUUAUUAUCAAUCAACGUCAGCGUUAGUAUGUUCUCUUUUUUCCCUGUAAAUAUAUUUUUAAACUAUUUUCCCUUUGUACAGUAGGCAGACAGUCAGGAUGUAAAUUUCAAUAUGUUUUACAACAAUUUAAGAAAUAAACAAAAUGGUAAUAAAAACAUAAAAAUACAAAAACAAAAAUAUGCUAAAUAUAGUUAAGACAAAUAUGAUUAAUAAUGAUAAGUGACAUGAUUGAACCUUUUAUUUGUUUUAAAUCUCAUAUUUACUUAAUUACAAAAGUUCACCAAUAAAUAUAAUUAUUAUUUUAAGAAUAUGCUUUUUCUUAUUUUCAGUAAAGUGUUGGAAAUUGAGGAUAAUUUAGUGUAGACGUUUGGUGAUAAGGGGGAAAGUUUAGUUUAAGAGUCUUUGCUAAGUUUCCCUUGAAUGUGUUAGAUUCUCUUUUAAGAUAGGCUACUCUUUAUGCUUUACGGGACACACACAAUUAUCUAUACGUUUAUGUAAUACAGUAUCACAUGUAUACAUACCAGUAGAUGGCUUUUGCAUAUAGAGACUGUAUAUUGUGAUCCUUCAUUUAAGCAAUCCUCAUGAAUUAAGUAAUUGACUGCAAGAUCAUUUGUGUUAUGUUGCCCUUUCAUCAACUGGGAUCUGAUGCCGACUGCACUGGUGUUGAUAGAGCCUCCACUACGCAGGACUGACUCUUCCUCCUCAUUCUGUGUAUCUUUAAUAAGGAUAAUACUGUUAUCUUCAGUGAUACGUGUCAGUAGCACUGGGCACAAAACAUUGGACUUUCUCAGUGUUGCUCUCAUAAUAACAGAGGAUGUUGGUGCAGAUGGGGUCAAAAGGUUCAUGGAAAUGCAGCUUUUCAACCCUUUAUAGAAUGAUGAAAUGUUUCUCAUCCAUGUCACCUAAACAUCAUGUGCAGAUGGUUAGACAUGAAGGGUGAAUCAAGUCAUUCAAGGCAAUGAGUUGACGUCAUUAUGUUCAUUUGGGUUCUUGUCAGAGAAAGAAUGAUAUCCUUUGUGAUGUAUUUAUCCUUGAUCAAAUCUCCACUGUGUGUCAAACUGUUUGGUAUGCAUGUGUGAGGAGAUAUAUAUGUUGUCUAAGCCAUUUUUUAUUUAUCUGCUAGUUUUUUGUCUGAACAUUGUUGCUUUCAGUAACUUUCAAUUUGUUUAUUUUCCAACUUUUUGGGAGAAAUCAUUUUAGCUUGGCAUUUCUCAUUCAAAUGGAUUCAUGUCUCGAGGGUUUUUUCUGAAAAUUGAAAUUGAAAGAUGUGUUUUCACUGCACUCUGUUUGGGUCUGCAUAUUUUUUAUGCAACUCAUGUUGAUUUUACUCAUCGCAAUAAACUGCAUGAUCCCUUGGAGUGUUUGUGUUGGAAUCUACUGGUGUGUUGAUUAGUCUUGAAUGGAAGAAUCCCUUUAAAUGUACGGGCAAACAUUGUGAUAAGGAUGGUCAGGAACUCUUCUUGAAAAUGGCACUCUGGUCUUAACUGUUUUUGUCACUGAUUGGACAGGGUGGAAUAAACUGAUACUGCUUAAUACAGGCUGUCGUACCCUUUACCACAACUACUCUACGGACAGCAAGUGCAGCAAGUGGGAAACAGCAAGCAGUGUUUUGUUUCCCAAGGCCCUGUGGUCCCAGUUCCACUCUGCACAAGCAUGUCAGUACACACACACAUUUGUUUAAAUGGGGUAUGAAGCUAAAUGCAAUGUCACAUCAGCCAAAGCAAGGAAAUGCUCUGCCGUGGUAGUGGACUGUAGAACAGGCCGAUGCUAUUGGGUGGAUACUCCAGCUGGAACACAUUUAUCGAAUAUGAUAACAAAUAUCACUACAUCAACAACACUGGUUUAUUCCUGUAUUUAAAAGUUGAAUAAACAACACUGGUUUCAUUGUG